AGCAGCCAUCACAGAGGUCCAGGACUCCGGGCAGGAUGGCUUCCCUUCGUCUGUUCCUCCUUUGCCUCGCUGGACUGGUAUUUCUGUCUGAGGCUGACCCUGCGGGCACUGGAGAAUCCAACUGUCCUCUGAUGGUCAAAGUCCUGGAUGCUGUCCGAGGCAGCCCUGCUGUCAAUGUGGCUGUGAAAGUGUUCAAGAAGAAUAGCGAGGGAAAAUGGGAGUCCUUUGCCUCUGGGAGCACAGCUGAGUCUGGAGAGCUGCACGGGCUCACCACACAUGAGAAGUUCGUAGAAGGAGUGUACAGAGUAGAGCUGGACACCAAGUCGUACUGGAAGUCCGUUGGCAUUUCUCCGUUCCAUGAACACGCAGAGGUGGUCUUCACAGCCAACGAUUCCGGCCAUCGCCACUACACCAUCGCAGCCCUGCUCAGCCCGUACUCCUACAGCACCACCGCUGUCGUCAGCAACCCCAAGAACUGAGAAUCCUGGCCCAGGAGGACCAGGUUCUUGCCAAGGCAGUAGUAUCCCAUUUGUACUGAAAGUGUUCUUGCUCUGUAAACUGCUAGCACCUCGGGAAGAUGCCAUGAAACAUUCUUAUUAAACUUGUUAUUUCAUUCCAACUCUA